CAGGUAUUGUAAAUGGAAUUGAAUUCCAUUUUCCACAAGAUUAGGGAGAUCAUUCUAUUUCCUUUUGCAAUAACAAAAACUGACCAAUCCACCAUCAAAGGGAACAAUCAAUUCGAUGCAAGUCAGAUUUUUUAAAAAACAAACGUGUCAAGUCUGCAUCAUUUUACCUAAUCGACAAAUCGAUUCGUGUUUGCGUAUUAAUAAAUUCAGAUAGUCUAGCAACAAUGACAAAGUUGAAUAUCAUUACGAUCGUCUGAUGAUGGGUGUGAACCAACUCCCGGAAAACCUCACUCAAUUUCUCUUCUCAACUUCAACAUCAUUCGGAAUUACUUCUCAGAACCUCUAGGUGUGCGAAAAUCUCUACACCCUCUCUGAAUAUCUGUCCCCUGUAUCAUCCGAAUAUCUUGGAAUAUUCUUGAAGCUUAUCUCCGAUUUUCCUGUACCCUGAAGAGUUCGUAAUUAAUAUAUUGAUGACCAUUUCAAUUUCUAAAAAACUCCCUAGAUAUUCUGAAAAAAACUUGGACUAAAUUACUGUGAAUUGCUUUAAUGUUUAAUUACUGAGAUUUUAGAAAAUCGGUGAUUUUUAUGGAGAAUUUUCCACAACAAUAGCCAACUCAGGAUAUAUAUCAAUAAAGGAGAGAUGUAUAAUUCAAAAAAUAGGAAUGGGCAAGCUCAUCUUUACAGAUAUAAUUUACUGUCAGGGCUGUGGUUUUUAAUGAUUCUUAGAAGAGCCGAUGGUUUUAAUUUAUCUAUCGCCACAUCGCAUGUCAUCCCGGCAUAUGCUAUUGCAAGUAAAGCCGGUUUAUUAAUUGAUUCAAGUCCAUGUCACCAGGAGUUAAAGCUCUUCAAAGAAGCAGUCGAUGCUCAUGUGUUGUGGAGCUUAAGGAUGCUGGAUUCAAGUGGACAACCGAAAUCUGGGUUUAUUCAUGGGAAUAAUUACUGGCUAGGACAUGAACGUCAAUGUGAUAUCAUAAUGAAUAGUGAAUCGUUGGCUUUGAGUCCAAAAGUAUUAAAAAACAAUAGUAUCUACAGAAAAUCAGGGGAAGAGUUAGUCCCGUUCAAGUUAAAAUUUUUCGUUGCAUACUUUGUACAUAAUAGUACAUUGCAAUAUAACAUCGUGCAACCUGGUGAAGAUUUGAUUACCUUGGGAUUAUGUCUUCCUGCCAAAUGCACCACGGGAGAGUUGAGUCAAAUUUUGACAAGCAUGUUCCAGGAACGGACACUUCUAUUUGGUCAUAUCAAUAAUGCAGAUUUUAGACUUCAAGAAGUAAAGGCAAUUACACGUGAUCUGAGUGAUUUUUUCAAUUUUCGUAUGAUUAUUAUGGGACUCCUCAUGUUGGUAACUGCGUUAAUCAUUAUUGCUGCAACCACAUAUGAUCUUUGUGUGCAUCAAAAGAAUCUACGUACCGCUGAUUUAUGCGCAGACAUUAUGACCAAUGGUAAACCAUUAAAUGUGGACUCUCGGUCUUUUGAGGAAUUAUCUCCAGCUCGUGCGUCUAAAAAUGUUAUUAAAGUGCUGAUGUGCUUUUCGGCUUAUACUAAUUCCAAAGAUAUAUUUUCAAUCUCGAUAAAAAAAGAUUCGAUUGAAGCUCUUCAUGGCAUAAGAUCCCUCGGAAUGACUUGGAUUAUAUUACUUCACAUGGCGCUAUUCGGGUUUACAUACAUGGAUAAUAAAGUUACCGCAUAUCAACUGGCUCAGUCGUUACCAUUACAAAUUAUGAGUAAUGGUUCUGUAUCCGUCGAUAUUUUUUUCUUCAUGAGUGGAUUUCUACUGGCGUACACAUUUUUUGAAAAUGCGAGGAAAAGAAGUCAGGAUUCGAUGAACGGGACUCUUUCAUGGCGGAUUUUUUUCCAUCGAAUCAUCAGAAGAUACAUCCGACUGACUCCUCCUUACGUGAUAGUCAUUGGCAUUGCUGAUAUGAUUUUCUCCUGGUACGACAAAAACUCCCAAUUUUACAUACACGAUAGGCCAUUCGAAACUUGUCCCACCUAUUGGUGGAGAAAUAUCCUCUACAUAAAUAAUUUGUUUAAACGUUCAGAAACGUGCCUAUUUUGGAGUUAUUAUCUUUCCAAUGAUAUGCAAUUCUUCAUUAUUGGAUCAUUUAUACUGUUUUUAUCACAAAGAUAUUAUUACGUAGGGAUGGGAAUAUUCUUAACAUUAUUUAUCGGAACUACAAUUACUUCCGGAGUGAUAGCUUACACAAACGAAUAUGCACCUACUCUAGAUGAGCAGCUGAAUACUCUCGAUAAAUUCUAUGAUCCUCCCUGGAUGCGAAUGGGACCGUAUUUGGUAGGAUUGGCAACCGCUUAUAUCUUGGUUGUUACAUUACGGAGGAGAUUGCAUGUCAAAAGAACGACGCUCUGGCUUUUGUGGGGUCUCGGAAUAUCUUGCAGCGUUUUGUCACUCUUCGGGCUCUGGAAAAGAAAAAUAACCCUCGUACCAACAUCAUUUUACAUGGCAUUACACAGAACAGCUUUUGGCAUCGGGAUUGCAUGGCUAGUAGUCGCAUGCUGUACAAAUCAUGGCGGGAUUAUCAACAGAAUAUUAUCAUUAAAAAUUUGGCAGCCAUUCAGUAAAUUAUCGUACUGUGCGUACUUACUCAAUCCUAUAUUUAUUGGUAUAUUUCAUCUGAGCGGGGAAUCGCCGUACCAUGCGGAAAUCAUGAGCCUAGGAUAUCUCACUUCCGGUGUUGUUGUCAUUUCUUAUCUGGGUGCCUAUUUUUUAUCAGUGAUGUUUGAAAUACCUUUUUCUCUCCUCGCAAACAUUUAUUUCGAAGGCAAAACCAAAGAGAAAAAUCAACCAUUGAGGAAUACAUUAUCGAAGAAUAGAAUAACGUGAGAAAUUUUAUAAUGGAAUAUUUGAAAUAUACGACCAUAAAGACUGUUAAUAUA